UAAUCAUCAUCUAAAUAUUAUUGAUCAUUGUAAUGAUCAAAAAUUUAUUAAACAACGAGACAAUACUAGUCUUGAAUCAAUGAUGAUCAUUAAUAAUGAUAAAAAAUUAUCAUCAAUAUUGACAACAAUAAUAAUUUAUAAACAACGGCAACAAUAUUGGAACAUUAAUAAAAUCCUAUGGAAUGUAAUGAUCAUUUUUUGUUUAUGGUCAACGUUGACCAAUACCAUCUGCCAUUGUGAUAAAUUAAUCAACAAGCAGAAUUUACCAUUAUUGUCACCGACAACAUCAUCGUUGAAUAAUAAUUUGGUUUAUCAUCAUCAUAAUCAACAACAACAAAAUCAUCAUCGACAAUAUCGUCAACAUAAUCCGUUACCGCCAUCAUCAUCAUCAUCAUCAUCAUCAUCAUAUCCCUCGGCUCGUUCAAUGGCCAUGAUGGUAGGAUCACCGAUGGCCAUUGCUACAAAUGGUGGUAUUAUCGCUCCUGGACAAUUAUCAUCAUCAUCGUCAUCAUCUUCAUCAGCACCAUCAUCGGCAGCCGCUGUUGCUUACCAAGCAUUGCCAAUAAUGCAUCAUAUGUUUCAUCCACAUCAUUAUGGACAUCAUAAUAAUAAACCAUCGAAUUUGCCAUCAUCAUCAUCAUCAGGAUUGACAUCAUCAUCAUCGGUUGUUAUACAUAGGGCAGUUGGUGGACAUCAUAAACAUCAUUAUCCCUCUAUCCAUUCUCAACAACAUCAAGAAGAUUGUGAAAUAAAUGCUGAUGCGGUACUGGAAUUAUUGUUUGAAAAAAUGCGAAUUCAUUUGCCAGAAGAAAAAAUUACCGUCCAGAAUGGUGCUAUCACUAUAUUCGAUGCACGAAUCACACAUUUUGCUGAAUUGGCCCGUUCAAGUCCAUCUUGUGCUAAAAAAUUAGAUUCUGAUGGUGUUCAUCUGUUAUUACCAUUUGAAGCUGAGAUUCGAUCAGCGCAUGUAGCUGCAAAAUUAAAAUAUAAUUUUUAUGUAACAGAUAUUUAUGGUGAUUAUGCAGCCAAUUUUUCACACAUUCGUUUGAAUGGUACAUUUGAAACUAAUAUUGAAGAUGAAUGGAUGCAAGUAUCAGAUUUUAAUAUUACUUCAUCACAAGUAAUUGAUGAUUCAAUACAAUUUGGUUAUGUACCACGAUGGAUACUUGAUUGGGUUCGUAGUUAUUUUGAUAAUGAUAAUACACGUAUGUAUGAACAAUUAGCCAAAGUAAUACUACAAAAAGAAGCCGAUAAUUAUGAAAAUUAUGAUCUUAUACGUCAUAUUUCGGAAAGUUCACCAUUAUCAUCAAUGAAUGUUGAAUCACGUGAAGAAGAUGAUCAAGGAUUACCACCAUUAAAUCUUCUUUAAUUAUAUUUAUUCAUUCAUUUAUCAAUCUACAUUUAUAAUUAAUUA